UCCGUGCAGGUUUCGUUCCGUCGCGGUUCGACACACAAGGGAUGCCAGACCGGGUGCUGCUCAACGCGCAGUGGCGCGGCGGCAGCACCAUCACCGAGCAGCUCAUCUUCUCCACCACAGCCUCGCCCGUCUUUUUGCUGGACGAGCCCGCCGCGCACUUCCGGCCGUGCGCUGCCGACCACCGCGGGCCCUGCCACAGCCGCGACGACAAGGCACGGUACCUGGCCGCCGCCCUCUCGUGCGAUUGGUCCGACUUUGACGCGCCGGCGCUCGUGCGCUGGCAGCACUGGCGGGGCGUCUUCUCACGCCUUCCGGAGCUCCUCGAUCACGACGGCUGGCAGACGGGAGACUUCUCCGCCAUGCGGGCGCGCUGCGACGCGGCUGGUAUACGCGGCGGCGUUCGGGCGGCAAAGCUGAUCCGCGGCCGGGGGCUCGUCGCUCCCUUUGCGCGCGCCUGCGCCGCCUCCGCGGUAGUCCGAUCGGACUUUGCGCGGGUCGCGCCCGCGGCGCCUUGCCUCGUGAUAGAGCUCGUCCGACAUCCUGUCGCGACCUUGCGCUCGCAAAAGCACUCCAAGCAGAUCGAGAAGGGGCGGCCGCCCAGGGCCCGCCGGCGCGACGCCGGCGCCGGCCGCGAGUCGCGGGUUCGAGGCGCGCAGGGAGUGUCUCCGCCCCGCCUGGCGGCCGGGGCCUCAGAGACGGCCGGCCUUGAGGGAGAGCUUGAGGACUUUUGCGCGCCAAUCUUGGAGGACGUCCGCGCGGUGCGCUCGUUGCAGCGAAUGCAAUCCGCCCUGCCGCUCCGCCGCCGGCGGCGACAGAGGGCGCGCAGGCGGUCCAAUGCGUUGCCGUCCAACGCCAGCGACGCGCGGGACGGCGACGUGGAGAGCGGCGGUGCUGCCGCGGCUCGCUUGCCACGCCCCGCCACACGCGGGGUGGUGCUCACUUUCCAGGAGGUUGUGACGACGCCGCGCCGCGUCGCUCACCGGAUGCACAGGCUGAUGGGUGCGACCACCAACGAGUCGGCUCUCGAGUCCUUUGUGGAGCAGCACUUUGGCAGCGCCCGCAGCGACGAGGCGGCGGGCCGCCAUACCGGCGGGGGCGAGCAGCAGCUGCUCCAGGCCUACGACACCUACCGCCCCCGCGUUGAUUGCGUCCCCGCCACCGAGCCAUUGGACCGGUGGUCUGCGUGCGCUGAGCUCGGAACGCUCGCCGCGUCGCAUUUGCCAGCCUCGGCGGCUCGGGCGCUACACUUUUGCUGAUAAUUUGUGGAAAUCC